CUGUCUCUAUCAUCAGAGCCCGAACCUGAUUUAUCUCCACCUGCAAUUGAGUCUAUAGCUGGUACAAUAGUCUCUUCGGCACAAGCGUCGUCCGUCACUUCAAUUGCUGCUUAUUCCCUGCGCAGCCUUGGCUCAGCAACCGGAACUGGGCCUAGUCCCGGAUGCAGAACUAAUCAUGAGUGCACGUCUGUUCGGCGAGCCUCUACAGUAACAAAUGAGAUCGUCACCGGAGCCGGAGUUCGAUGUCAACUCGGUGGGCCACCGACCCACCGGGAAUUUGGUCUUACUGCUACUUCCGUCUCAACUACAACAUCUACUACAUCUCUCAGAACAUCUUCCUCAACAUCUGAACUUACCAAUCAACGGUCCAACUUGCAUGUAGUUCCUAAUAGCUCUACAGUGAAUCAGAUGAUUCCUGAGACAUCGAAUGGUAUCUCACAGAGCCAGUUCUCUCCAUCUACUCAUAACAUGUUGCAUUCACAUAACCACCAAUCACAUACUUAUCCACAUCAGCAAUCUCUGAUAUCUUCCCAUACACCACCUCACGAAGCAGCAUAUAUACCAAUUGAUCACGGGACUAGUAGGCCUUCUUCACCCGAUCCACCUGCUUCCGUAUUUUGGACUUCUUCCACUUGUGAACCUACAUCUCUUUAUCCUACAGGCUCGAGCUCUACUAAGACAGUUGAUCGAACUACUGCAUCGCCUCCCUCUCUGACUUCAUCGUCUACUUCAAUAGUGACGACUGCAGCUGUAGUUAUGGCUCCGUUGGCACCUGGUAUUGGGCAUCAGUUGUCUCUACCAAUUUCUUCUGUGGCGUCGUCUGCUCUCUCGCAGUCAAAUUCAGCGCCAAAUCAGGCAAGCAAAUACAAUUAUCUGGGCGCACUAGAUGAUCUCCUAAGAAGAAACUUUUUCAAAGAUAUCCUAUAUUCAUUCUCGUCUUUUUCGCAUAUAAAUUAA